AUGAAUUCUCUGCCACCCGAAGUUCAGUUUGAUGUCUUCAAAUGUCUUAAUUUUGACCAAUUAUUUUCUGUUAAACAAACAAAUCAUUAUUUCAAAAAUUUUAUCGAUAAAUAUGAGAAUGAACUGGCUCGCUUGAAAUUCGAAAAGCUUAGCAUCUAUAAUUGGAGUUACAAUAAAAAGUUCAAUUCAUAUAAGGUUAUUCCAAUUGAAUCUGGAUUUUUCGAAUUUAACUUGAAUGCUCAACUUAAGGAAAAGUGGCAAAAAGCGAUUGAUAAAUCAAUUCCGUUAUAUUUACUUGAUUAUCGACCUAGAAGCCAAUCUGCCGUCAUACUCGAUCAUUAUAUUUUAAAAUUGCCAAACUUUCCAAAAAAUAUAAAAGAAAUGAUUAUUCUUCGAUGUUGGUUUGAACAUCUUUUUAAAUGUGCUUUUGAAUAUACCGGUUUUGAUAAUUUAUUUAAUCCAAAAAUAAUUAAUUUAUUGUUUGAUAACGACAAAACAAUUCCUUUACAAUUUCACAUUCAAAAACCAUCUCUAUUUGCCAGACAUAAUAUGUUUGAAAACUUUUUUAACUUCGCUUCAAAUCAUCUAUCAAUAUCUGAAUCUCUUAGUAUCAAUUAUAGCGAGGAUGACAUUUCAGAACAACAAAUAAAUAUUUUAUUCGAUAUUAUAAUAAAUGGCGGCAUGAAAUUACCUCAAUUUUAUUUCAAAAGUAAUAAAUGUUUCAAGUUGUCACGUCUUUAUGAUCUUAUUUUUAAACAUAUAACAACAUCAACAAACUGUACAAAAAUGGUGCCUGUUAUUUUGUUAGAAUAUAUUUCCAACUCAAACUUUAAAUUAUCUAGGAAAGCAAAAAAUGUUGAAAUUAAAAAACUCAAUGUUGUCAAAUAUACAAAAUACAAGAUUUCAAAUAUUCAUAAUCCAAAAGUUAAAUUCUCAUUUUGCAAUGCAGAGAGGAUAGUGCAUGCAAAUUUUGGAAUGAAUUCAAAUUUUAAAUUUAAAAUAAGAAUAAUGAAAGUGUAG